AUGCCUAUUAUAACAAAUACAAUCAAUAGUAUGUUGGCACGUAAACAUAAAGUAAAAUCACAAAGGCGAACUACUCGUCAAGCUCCAGCAAGUACAGGAAUUCGAUGUUAUCCACUUCGGAUUGGUCCUGGUGUUGAAUUACUUUCAACAAUUCAUGAAUUAAUGGAAGAUAUUGGUGUACAAUCAUUAUUUAUAUUAAGUUGUGUUGGAAAUAUAUCUGAAUGUUCAUUAAAUUCUCGUCAAUUAAAUAAAAAAGAUUAUGAUAUUGUAUCAUUAAGUGGAACAUUUGAUCAAGAAUCUCAUCAUAUAAUGGGUUCAUUUGCUGAUCCUGAAACAGGUUCAUUAAUUGGUGGUCGAGUUCGUUCUCUUACUGUUCAUACAACAUGUGAAUUAAUGUUAGCUGAACCACUUGAUUGUACUUUUUUCAGAGAAUUUGAUCCAAGAACGGGAGAAAAGGAAUUAAAUGUUCGACGAAAACUUCUUACUGACUUAUAA